CUUUUUUUUCCAGCUGCCACGGGGCACUGCCCCGGGGGCGCUCGCGGCCGCCGCUUGCCGCACUCUUUUACGCUUUGCAGUUUAUUUUUUUACAGUAACACCCUCUCGUCCUUCCCCUCCUCCCAAUAUGUCCCACCUCCCACGUUCCCUCAGCCACGUUAAAGGUGGUGUGUAUGUGCGUGUUGCCAUCCAUCUGUCGGGUGUGCAGGCUCGGGGUUGUUUGUAACUUUGCUGGCUCGGUCGCUGCGGGUCCCAGGGGAGCGGGCUCCACGUUGCUCUCCCAUUGGCCGCCGAGCCGUCAGCUGGUGCUAUUUGCUGCUGUCGCUUUUGGCGCUCGGCCAUCCAGAAACAAACCAGUUCGAUGACUACUAAUAGUUAUAGCCAGAUGUACUAAUACACAACAAAUCACAGUCCUGGAGAGGGGAGAGCAAAUGAGUUCCUAUUUUGUGAAUCCCACUUUCCCUGGGAGCCUGCCUAAUGGCCAGGACUCUUUCCUCGGGCAAAUCCCCCUUUAUCCAGCUGGCUAUGAUGCUCUGAGGCAUUUCCCAGCUUCUUAUGGGGCAACAAGCCUGCAGGACAAGACCUACACCUCACCUUGUUUUUACCAACAGUCCAACACGGUCAUUACUUGCAAUCGGGCAUCCUAUGAGUAUGGAGCCUCGUGUUUUUAUUCUGACAAGGACAUAAGUAGCGCCUCUCCCUCCGGCAGUGGCAAGCAGAGGGGACACGGGGACUAUCUGCACUUUUCUCCUGAUCAACCAUACAAAUCCGACAGUGUGCAAAGCAAAAUUUUAAAUGAGGAAGGCAGCGACCGGAAGUACACGAGCCCUGUUUAUCCCUGGAUGCAGCGGAUGAACUCCUGCGCUGGUACAGUGUAUGGAACACAUGGGAGACGGGGGAGGCAAACUUACACCAGAUACCAAACGCUAGAGUUAGAAAAGGAAUUUCAUUUUAACAGAUACUUAACCAGAAGACGACGGAUUGAGAUUGCAAACGCUCUCUGCCUUACUGAACGACAAAUUAAAAUAUGGUUUCAAAACAGGCGAAUGAAAUGGAAAAAGGAAAACAAACUCAUACAUUCCACACAGCCCAGCGGCGAAGAAACAGAGGAAAAGUCAGGGGAGUAGAGUAAUGCUUAAUAAAAGUUACCAGGCCUUUUCCUUUUUAGCAUUUUUUUCUUGUGUUCCUUCUGCUACUAAAAUCCUAUAGGU